UAAUAAAUGACCCAAAAAACCAAUCCAACCCAAUAUACAACCUACACCUCAGCCGACCUGGCACCGCCUAUGUGAUUUCACCGAUAUCGAUUCCUUCGAUCCACUGUCGCCACCCUCCUCCGAUCCCCGACCGGCAGAGUUUAUACCCGCUUCCAUGGAUACCCAUCCAGCCUCUUCAUGGCUAAUUAGAUUGACAGAUCUCAUGUACUAUUGAAUCACGUCCGUCGAUCAACAACGGAAAGACGCAAAGUACCGAAUAUCUUCCAUCGGUUCAGUAGCGAAAUCUCCAGAACGGAUUUAUCAAUGGAAUGCUUUCUCUAAGACAGAGCUGAGGCUAAUUUGUAUAGAAAUCUUGGGAUUAAAUUCGUGGAUAGCGGGAUUCAUUAUCUUGGAAGGAAUGGAAACAAAAUUCGGACCGGUAUUGGAUAACAACAGGCAAAUCUCUGUCAAUUUAAAACGAAAAUGCGGGGUUCAACCUGAGAAGUACACUAAUGUUACUAACCAUAUGUACAUACCAAAUGCCUGCCCCCCUAGUUAUGGCAUACAUAGGUUUAUCAAGCAAAGAAAGCUGAGUGGUAUCAAAAGCAAGUCUGGUUACGGUUCUCCCAGAAAAUCUUUGCUUCAGCACUAUCUGAACUUUAAGAAAAGUGGUCCCCCAAAACGUUUGAUGUAUUACCAAAAUGGUGAAUGGAUUGACUUUCCUGAGAGUAUUCUUCCGUCAGUUAAAGAAGAUCUGCAUAUAGAGAAAUCGAUAAUAGAAGUAGAGUUUAGCGGUAAAAUUUGUGUGCUUGACUUUGUGUCUAUGAUGCUGGUUGACUUGAAGACAGGUAUCCAGCAGUCCAUUGCAUGGAUUGACGAGGCUGGGAACUGCUUUUUCCCUGAAAUUUUCGCAGAUGGUAUUGAAGGGGAUGCUGAGUGCAACAAUACAGCUUAUGAAAACAAUGAAAUUAAUUUGCAAAUUGAGAUUGAAAUCAAUCGAUCAAAUUUUUCUGAGCCAGAAGAAUCAUGUGGGGAAUCCAAUGCUUAUGUUAAACUAGUUAAAGUUGAUCUGGAUGCUGAAGCAGAGGACUCUGAUAUGGAAAACGGUGAUUAUGAUAAAGGCUUGUCAGCUGCAAAAGGUAAUGGAAGCUCAGCUGAAAAUGUACACAGUGAAGAAAAAACACUGAUGCUUGGUCCAGCACGGGCUUUUCUGGAUUCUGAUUCGGUGAGGAAAAUGUUUAUCACUGGUAUCGAGCAAUCUGCUCACGCAAGUAUUAUCAAUGUAGCUCGUGGAUCAAGCACUUUCAUGGAAGCUAGGUUAGAACUUUUUCAGAAGCAAGCUGAAAUUGUAAAAAAGCUGCGUGGACAUGCCAAUGUUCAAUUUGCAUGGUUUCCUUCUACGAAAAGUGCAUUUUCUAGUAUUAUGAAUUAUGGACUUGCCAAUUUUGACUCAACCAAUAAGAAUUCUCAGUAUGGCUUAGGAGUUCAUCUUGUUCCAAUUAAUCACACUGAGAUCAGUGCAAAUUUUUGUGAUGUUGACGAAAAUGGUGUCCGACACAUGAUUUUGUGCCGAGUCAUUAUGGGAAACAUGGAGCCAGUUAGUCUUGGAUCUAAGCAGUUCCAUCCCAGUAAUGAGUCCUUUGAUAAUGGCGUUGAUGAUCUUCAAUAUCCAAAGCAUUACAUAGUAUGGAGUAUGAACAUGAAUACCCAUAUUUAUCCGGAAUAUGUUGUUAGUUUCAAGUUUGAAGCUGAAGGGGCUGUUGUUCAAAGUGAGAAUCUGAACAAUUCAGGGGUUAGUACUUGUUAUGAGGGGUCUCCAAAUCAGGUAUGCUCAUACUCAUCCAUGACACGCUUGAUAACAAUGCCUGAUGCAAGUAUACUCCAAAAUCAGCAAGGAAAUGUCCCAAGGAUCCCAAAGUCCCCUUGGAUGUCGUUCCCUGAUUUGUUUGCUGCUAUCUCUGAGAAAGUUGCGGCUGAGAAAAUGAAAGUUAUAAAUAGCAGCUACGAGUUAUUCAAGAGUAAAAAGAUUAACCGGGACGAGUUGGUCAGAAAGCUGAGGUUGUGUGUUGGGGACACCAUUUUAAGGUCCACAAUAAUGAGUCUUCAGGGAAAGGCACCCAAAUCUGUCGAAUUGGCCACACACCCAAACUUAGAGCCUUGAUGUUUUGGCCUCCAAACAGAAUCUCAAUGGUGGCUUUUAUUAUGUGUACAAAUAGUAUAAUCCUCAAUAUUGCCCGUUAGAUUUCUCUAUUAGAGGUUGAUACCUAUUGCCCUAUUGGUACUUCACUUUCUGUUCUCAUUUGGUAUAUUGACACUCUUUUUUAUUGUUUCUUAUUAAUAAUAUAAUAUUGA